CACAUCCCCCCGCUGCCAUAUUGUGUCCGCCGCCGGCCGCGCGGCUUCAUGACCGCGACCACUCAAGCUAAAUGGGUCCAGUCACUGGGAUGACUCCGGAUAAGAAAGCUGAAACGCCCGGAGCAGAAAAAGCCGCAGGACUACGGCAGUGCCAUGGGGUGGGCAGCCUGCCCGACGCGGGCGACGCCGGGAAGCCAAAGGCCACUGUGGUGGACAGAGAUUCAGCAGAUGAUGAGCUCACAAAUUUGAACUGGCUGCACGAAAGUACUAACCUGCUAACAAACUUCAGCCUCGGCAGCGAGGGCCUUCCAAUUGUUAGCCCCUUGUAUGACAUCGAGGGUGACAGUGUGCCAUCCUUCUCGCCAUCCUGCUACCAGAACCCUGAGAAAAAAUCCUCCACUUCCAAACCUCCUUACUCUUUCAGCCUUCUCAUUUACAUGGCGAUUGAGCAGUCCCCCAACAAGAGCUUGCCAGUCAAAGAGAUCUACAGCUGGAUCCUGGACCGCUUCCCCUACUUUGCCACGGCCCCCACCGGCUGGAAGAACUCGGUCCGACACAACCUCUCCUUGAACAAGUGUUUCCGAAAGGUGGAGAAAAGCCAUGGCAAGGUGAAUGGAAAAGGGUCGUUGUGGUGCGUUGACCCGAAAUAUAAACCUAAUCUUGUCCAAGCACUGAAAAAACAGCCUUUUUCCUCAGCACUUGCGUUUUACACUCCCCCGGCGUCACCACCCAGUAGGUCGUCGUCCCCUCACUACCUGACUUCGGUCCUUCAGCAGAAUCAUGGCCGAUCUCUCAAAGAAUCUGAUAUUGAUGCUGCUACUGCAAUGAUGCUGUUAAAUACUUCCAUUCAACAAGGGAUGCUGGACUGUGAGAAACCUCAGCCUCUGAAGACACCCAAGAAGAGGAGCUACGGCAGCGCCUUCAAUCCCCCCAGCUCCAUAAACCUGCAGGAGAACGAUUCCACGGCCACCAGCAUCGAUCCGAGCGAGGAUCACAACUACAGUGCCAGCAGCAUGGGCUCCCAGCGCUGCGCCUCCAGGUCCAGCGUGUCCUCCCUGUCCUCCCUGGACGAGGUGUACGAGUUCAUCUCCAAGACCAGCCACGACGGCAGCGACGGCAGCGAGGGCUUCCACAGCGAGGUGGACACGGACGGGGACUAUGAAGACGAUCCUCUCGGAGACAGUGGCUAUGCAUCCCAACCUUGUGUGGAUACCUCUAAGGAAAGUCAGCCCAGCAAGAAAGUACUCGAGGAGCUGUGCCAGGAGAUCGAUGAGGAGCUGAAGGAAGCAGCAGGGUCUCUGCUCCACCUUGCUGGCAUCCAAACGUGCUUGAGUUCCUUAAUAAGUACUGCAAAGACCCACUGUCACAAGCAAAGGAAAAAAUAAUAUGUUUGUCAGUGUUGAAUAUAUACAUAUAUUUUUUUUAAUUGUGGCAAUACUCUUCUACUUUUGCCCUUCACAAGGGAGAUCAAAGCCAUAAGAGGACUCACUGCUUUUUUUUUUUUUUUUUUGGCGCAAACUAUAAUUUAGCCAUUUAUUUUUAAAUCACCACCUAAAAAGAAAAUACUUAAUCUUCUCAAAUUAGAAGAUAUGCAUGACUUGUGAAAACCCAAAAGCAUACUUCUUAAUGAUAAUUUUAAUUUUUUUUCUUUUCAAUAGUUGACUAUUUUUUUUUCAGAGAUACAUUUGUUCAGAUGCACACUGUGGAUCAUAUUUACAUCUCUGCUGGCCUCAUCUGCAGAGGUGAAUUUUGUUCUGUCUAAGGGCUCUGACUUCCAUGUAAAGGAUUAAAAUUCAUUUUGCAAUAAGAGAAUCUCUUUAUAGUUCCUAGACAUCCUUCAGCCAAAAAAUGUUUUUUGUGGUAUGUUGAACUUUAUCCCUAUUUUUCUUUUAAAAUCAGUGGUGA